AUGCUGGAGCAGCAAUUGUCGUCUUCUGCUGCAUCAGCAACAGCAACAACAGCUAGUUCAGAGGACCGAGAGCAGCAAGGGCAGCAGCAGCAGGAGCAGCAGCAACAACAGCUGCAGCAUCAACAACAGCAGCAACAGGAACAGCAGCAGCAAAAGCAACAAGGACAGCAGGAGCAUCUGCGGCAGCAAGAUCAGGGGCAGCAACAGCAGCAGGAGCAGCAACAGCAGCAGGACCAGCAACAGCAGCAGGACCAGCAACAGCAGCAACAGCAACAACAAGCGCAGCAAGAACAGCAGCAGGAGGCGCAUCAACAGCACAACGAGGAGCAGUAUCAACAGAAACAGCAGCAACAACAGCUAGCGGCAGCAGCAGCAGCAGUGGAAGGCUGCUUGACGGUUGGUGCUGCAGGGGAGCAACAGAUAAACCCCUGUGAGGGAGGUGGCUCACAAGCAGUCAGCAGCACCGUGUCCUCGCCACAGCAGCAGCAGCAGCAGGAGCAACAGCACCCGCAACCGCAGCAGCAGAAGCAACGACUGCCUCGGCCCAACCUGCUACAGCAGCAGCACCAAUACCUCGCCUCACUCGACGCCACGCCGCAGCACGAUGCUGCUGCUGCUGCCGCUGCGUCUCUUGUAUAUUCGUUAGCUAGAAGAUUCCGCAGCAGCAACAGCAGCGGCAAAGGCAGCAGCAGCAACAGCAGCAGCGAGUCUCUAACGCUGCAGCACAACUCAACCCAUGGUCUUUCCCUGCAGCGCCUGCAGCAGCGACAGCAGCAGCAGCAGAUGUAUGAGUGCCACCCCCAGCAGGGAGAUAUUACUGCAUGCGCUGUUGCGGAUUCCUGUGCACUGCUGGGAUUCAGCAGCGGCCUGCUGCUGCUGCUGCCGCUGGCAACUCGAGAGCAGCAGCAGCAGCAGCAGCAGCAGAAUGCUGUUUCAGGCCCUCCUGUAAAUGACUCCCAUGCACUGAAUCAGCAACAGCAACAGCAGCAGCGGCAGCAACAGCAGCAACUGCAGCAACAGCAACAGCAGCAACAGCAGCACUGGGUGCUGCAGGGUCACCAUGCAGCGAUAACCGACAUCAGUCUCGGGCCCCGUGGCCUUAUUGCGUCUGCUGCUGUUGACGGCACUGUGCUGCUGCACCUGCUGCCAGCAGCGAACAGCAGCAGCAGCAGCAGCACCGGCAACAGCUGGAGGGGGGGGGCACGAGGAACGAACGCAACAGCAACAGCAGCAGCAGCAGCAGCAACGGCAGCAGCAAGAUGUAUGUUUGUGUCUCCUAUGCUGUCUCUGAAGUACAAAAGCCCCGUCCUCACUGUCUCCCUCUCACCAGAGUCCUGGCAACCUCUCUUCGCGGCAUCUUCAUUUGCUGCUGCUGCUGCUCCACCUGCAGCAAUAGCAGCAGCAACAGCAGGACCUCCUGGGGGGCCUGUUUUCUCUCAUUUUCGUGGCUCCCACGCGCAGCGGGAGGCAGCAGCAAAGCACCAGCAGCAGCAGCAAGAGCAGCAGCAACAACAGGUGGGGAUGCAUGCAGUAGCCGCGGUGGGGUCAGCAGCAGCAGCAGCAGAGAGCGGUGCCGCAGCAACUGGCACAGCAGCGCAGGCAGCAGACGCCAUCCCUAUUCCAGCUACAGCAGCAUCACCACUAACAACAACAACGGCAACAGCAACAGCAACAGCAACAGCAGCAGAAACAAAUGCUGCUCUAUUGCAAUGGCUGGAAGACGAUCUGCUGGCGGUUGUGUGGAGGACAGAAGUGCAGCUGCUGCGCCUUGUUAGCUCCGCAGGCCCCUUUGCUGCUGCUGCUGCUGCUGAAGCACCAGCAGGUGCAGCAGCAGAAGCGGCAGCAGCAGCAACAGCAGUUGUCUCUGGACAGGUUGUUGCUGCUGUAGAACUGACGGGCAGCCGAGUGCUGGGCAUCUUCCCCAGUCCAUCUACUGCUGCUGCUGCUGCUGCGCCUCUGCCGACGCUCUGCAUCGUCUCUGUUGAAACUGCUGCAGCAGCAGCAGCAACGACAACUGCAGUAGUCGCGGUUGAUCCUGUUCUUGCUGCUGCUGCAGGGGGAGAAAACGCUGCAGUGUCUCUGACGCUGGUAGCCUGCAGCAGCGGAUCUCUCCUGUCUCGCCAGCAGCUGAGACUGCCAGCAGCAGCAGCAGAAACAGAAACAGCAGCACCAGCAGAUGCUGCUGCUGCUGCUGCCCCUGCAGGAGAUAAGGAGACCGAUGGUGCGAGCUACUGCAGAAGCAGAAGAGACAAAAGUUUAGUUAUAGCUCCAAUAGCAGCGACAGGCGGCUGUCUCCUUUGCUGCGGUGCGGAGGCGUUCAUACUGCGGCCUCGAGAUGCACGGGAUACCGUCACGUGGUUGCUGCAGCAGCAGCCGCUGGAGUUGUACGUACCCCUGGCGCUCUCAACUGCUGCUUCCGUCUCUGCAUCAUUUGCAACUGAGAAGGGGUUCGAGGCGGUGCUCCUGCUGCUGCAGCAGCAGCGGCAGCAAGCUGCAGCAGCACUGCUGCCUUACCUGCUACUGCAGCAAGACUCAGACUGGAUGGAGCUGCUGGGGAUAUUUUCUCAGCACAACGCCCUUGCUGCGUUUGCUUCGCAGCUACCUGCUGCUUCUGCUGCUACAGGAGCAACCCCAGCCGCAGCAGCAGCACAAGCACCACCCCCCGUUGCUCUCUACUAUGAACUGCUCCGCCGCCUCCUCAGGUGUGCAGCGGCUUGCACUUGCAGCAGCACAGGCGAGCAGCAGCCAGAGCAGCAGCAGCAGCAGGAGAAGCAGCAGCAAGAGCAGAACCAGGCGAAGAAAGAAAAUCCGCAACAGGAUCAGCAGCCUCCGAGGAAGGGUGCAGUAGAGGCGGAGGCGUUCUUACGGUGUCUGACUAUUUCUCCUUCUCUACCUGUUGCCGUUUGCUGUGAGCUGCUGCAGCGGCUGCUGCAGCUGCCGCUGCUGCACUGUCUCGCGCCUUGGGGCCCCACAGCUCCACAAGAGUCGGCGCUGCAGGCGCAUGAGCGUCUGCUGCAGCAGCAGCAGCAACAGCAACAGCAGCAGCGGCAACAAACGCUGGAGUUGCCGGAACAGCAAAAGCAGCAAGAGCACGCAGGGCAGCGGAAGGAGCUGCAGCAACAGCAACAGCAGGAGCGACAGCACCAGCAGCAGCAGCAGGAGCAGCAGGAGAGUAGAACCAUCCUAGAUGAUCCUCUUGGGGAACCAUUGCUGCGGGCCUGUGUGCUGCUGUCACAUCGGCUGCGGCUAUUCUGCUGCUCAGCACAUGCUCUGCUGCUGCUGCAGGACCCUCGCUGCGCAGUGUAUAUACACAGCGUGCUGCUGCAACCACACGAGGCAGCAACUCCAAGCAUUCCCAAUGGUGUAGCAGCAGAAGCAGAAGCAACAGAAGUGAAUGUGGUAGAAGAAGAGGAUCAAACGUUGAUGCCGUCUGUAGAGAGUGCUGCUGCUGCUCUUGCUGCUGAUGUGCCAGAGAUCGCGCUGCAGCUGCUGCAGCUGGAGGCAUCCGAUGCCCUUGCGCUGCUGCUGCUGCGUCCUAGUACAGCGAAGCCGUGGCUGUCUGAGCCUUUUCCACGUUGUCACUGCUGCAGCAGCAGCCGCAACAACAGCUACAACAGCACCGACGGGAGCAGUAACAGCAACAGCAGCAGUAAAUCUCUUUGUCAGUGCUGCUGCAGCAGCGGGUGUCUGCUGUUUGCUGCCGAUGCUGUUGUUUCUCGUCUUCUCCGCUGCCUCCCGUUGCUACAUUUAUACCUAAAGGCCACAUUCAAGGCUUCUGCUGCUGCUGUAAAGCACCUGUCUCUCCUCCAGAUAAAGCUGUAUCUUCUGCUGGAGCCGCAUCUGCUGCUGGAUUUCCUCCGCGCUGCAGACGGGAGCUAUGACUACGAUGAAGCCUACGCAAUGCUGCUGCACAACAGUGUGCACCAACAGCAUCAGCAACAACAGAAUAGUGGCAGCGCAGUUGCGUUUGAUGCGGAAGAUACGGAGGGAUUGUCUCCUUCACUUGCUGCUGCAGGAGAAAGCGAAGAGGAGACACUUGCUCGAUCGGCAGCAGGGGAAACAGCAGAAGCAACAACAGCAGCAGCAGGAGCCUCUGAGGACAUGCUGCAGUCUAUCCGCUCCAGCUUCUUGCGUGUGGGACCAGACGUACCGCGCGCUGCUGCCUUCCUGCUGCAGCGAUUGGGGAGAGAGGAAGAGGCUGUGCUCUUGCUGCUGCUGCGUUGCAACGAUGUAGAAGAGGCCGUCAGAAUAGCAGAGGAAGCCCAAGCAGCAGCAGGAACAGCAACAGCAGCAGAACCAGAAGAAAGUCCAUCUCCGCAAGCAGCGUAUUCAGAACCACACAAGCAGCAGCACCUCGGGCAGCCGCCGCAAAUGCAGCCACAGCAUGAGGUGCAGCAGCACGACCAGCAGCAGCAGAAGGGAGGACUGUGGCAGCUAAUUGUCUCUGUCUGUUCUUCACGCAGUGAGCUCCUUGUCGCCUUAUUAGAAGCCCUAGACAGGCCACCUCUACUGCAGCGCAGUUGCACAGGCUGGGAAGCAGCAGCAGCAUCAGGAAGAGGAAAUGUAGGAGCAGCUCGUCCUCUUCGCCCUGUAAGAGGCAGCAACAGCAACAACAACAGCACCAGCAGCAGCAACAACGGUAGAACGCUAACGCGGUGGUAUUUGUUACCGCUGUCGUUGGGUAAGCAGCUACUGCAGCUCGUGCCUGGGCCGGUGCAGCAGCUGCUGCCAGCCAUCGAGCGUCGUGUAGCGCUGCUACUGCACCAGCAGCAGCAGCUGCUGGAGGUGCAGCAAGCAGCCUGCGCAUGCAUGCAGGCAGAGAAGACAGCACUGCAGUGGGAGCUCUGUUUCCGCAGGCGACGAGGAGUCACUAUCCGCAAUAGCAGCAGUAGCAGCAACAGCCAUACCAGCAGUAGCAGCAGCAUUGGAGAGAAAGGGCAGCUGCGUCUCCGCAUUGAGACUUCCUCUGUUUGUUCUCCUGAGCUACGGAGACAGCUGAAGGCAGCACGUGCUGCUGCUGCUGCUGCUGCAAGAGACACACACACACCGCUGCAGCUGAUGAGCUGCCCCAGCAGCGCCCCUGUCUCUUUCACUUCGGCUUCCUUAUUGCUGCAACCUCGUCCUGCAGCAGCAGCAACAACAACAGCAACAGCAGCAGGCAGGGCCCGUCCCAGUGCGACUUCGCAGGCCACGAGAAGACAAACAGCAGCUGCACCUGCUGCAGCAGCUGUAAUGGCAGCGCCACCUUCGCCUGCUGCUGCUGCUGCAGUUAGAGGAGCAGCAACUGGCAUGGGUAGCCGCUGUGUAAUUUGUUGCAGGCCCCUUGCUGCUCCUGCUGGGAGGCGGACGGAGUUUUAUACCGCUUCACAGGCAGCAGCAGCAGCAACAGCUGCAGCAGCAACGGCUGCAGCAGCGGCUGCAGCUGCUGCAGCAGAUGAUGAUGAAGCCGCAGCGUACUCAGGAGCAGCAACACGGAGUCCUUCGCCGCAGCAGGCUACUCCUAGGACACCUCUAGAUGCCACCGAUACACCAGAAGCAGCAGCAGCAAGAGCUGCUGCUGCUCCUGACGCUGCUGACAUAUAUUGUGAACAGCAAAGACAGCUCCCGCCGCAGCAGGAUAAAAUAGUAGUGUUUUGGUGCGGCCACUACAUGCACAGCAGCUGCUGCGAGCGCAGUAACCGCGAAAUGAACGGCAGUGCAGAAGACACCUCAGGAGACGCCUCAGGAGGAGCCAAAAGGCUGCUAUGUGCUUUGUGCUGCUUUGCUGCUGCUAGUGCAUGGAGAGGGACGUGGGGACCCGCAGUGGGGAGCAAUAGUCCCUUAACCGCAACGGAUGCGACGGCAGCAGCAGAUUGCUGCGUGCAGCUCUCUGGCCGAAAGAUGUACAACUAA